AUGCCUGAACCUGUCUCGGUGCUAUUCGUCUGCUUGGGCAACAUUUGCCGAUCACCCAUGGCCCAAGGAAUAUUCCAACACAUGGCGCAGCAGCCGCAGUACAAGGGAAAGAUCGGCAAGGUUGAUUCUUGCGGGACGGCUGCUUACCACACUGGCGACAUGCCCGAUUCUCGGACCCUAUCUACACUCGAGGACAACGGCAUCCACGGCUUUGACCACGAGGCUCGACGGUUCCGGUCGACAGACUUUGACAAAUUCGACUACAUCUUCGCCAUGGACCGGUCGAACCUCUCGGACCUCCAGCGCAUGCAGAGGGGCAACCCGGAUGCCAAGGCCAAGGUGAUGCUGUUUGGGGAGUGGAGCGGACGGCCGGGUAAGGCGGAGACGGUGAGCGACCCGUACUAUGGAGGGACGGACGGGUUCGAGAAGGCGUAUGAGCAGUGUCUGAGGUUCUCCAAGAACUUUCUGGUAGAGGUCAUCGGGGAAUAA